UUUUGGACUUGAGUGAAACUUUGAGCACACGUCGAGCGGCGGCGGAGCUGAUUCAUAACUCCAACACGAAAUGACCUCCAGAAAGCAGUAAAAAAGGGCGUCGGAGGAUGUCUGUGGAGGUGGAUUUACUUCUGCAGGAGGCGAAGGAAAGCAUCGAGGCGGCGCAGAACUACCGCAGCGAGCUGCAGCAGCGUCUGAAUGGCCUCAACCAGGCGCGCAAGCAGGUCCGGGGCAGCGCGGGUCAGGCCCGCGAGGCCCUCCGCAGGCACUUCAUGGAGCUGCAGGCGGCGGCCGGCCGGCUGCUGGCGGAGCGUCUGGACGCCCUGCUGGCCGAGGUGGACGCCAUCGAGGCCGACAGCAUCAAACCGCUGGACGACUGCCAGAGCCUGAUCGAGCACGGCGUGGGGCAGGCCGACGAGCUGCUGAGGGAGGGAGAGGCAGCUUUACGGUGCGGACUGGGAGAGAAGGAGGACAAACUGGGCAGCUUCACGAAGAAGGCCAUGCACAUCCAGCUGGACAGCCUCCCGGAGGUCCCGGCCCUGGUGGACGUCCCAAGCGUCUCGGCCCAGCUGGACGACUCCCUGCUGGGCCUGCUGAGGGAGCGGGUGUCCCACCACGGCUCGGUGUCGUCCCACCCCCCCGUCCAGAUCGAGGAGCUGCAGGAGCGGCCGGGGGGCGUCCUGGUGCGCUGGUGCAAGGUGGACGAGGACUUCACCCCCGCUGACUACCGGCUGCAGUACCGGCGCUCGGGCAGCGGGGGGAGCCAGUACGAGGACGCCUACAUCGGGAGGGAGUGCGAGUUCCUGGUGCUCCACCUGGACCCCCACACCGAGCACCAGUUCCGGGUGUGCGCCCGCGGCGAGGGCCGCACCGAGUGGAGCCCCUGGAGCGUCCCGCAGGCCGGAUACACCACGCUGACGCCGCACGAGUGGCGUCCCGGCACGGAGGGCUACAUCCUGAGCAGCAGGAGGAACAUCGCCCUGCGGAACGACGCCUGCCAGGCACGAUGCCCCGUCCUCUACUCCAACAGCCCCACCUACUUCUGUGGACAGACGCUCACCUUCAAGAUCUCUGCGGCCGGUCCUCUGGAUCGGAGGGACAGUCUGGGCGUUUGCAUCGACAGCGAGCAGCAGGAGGAGUCGUUACAGAGAGACCGAGCGGUCUGCAUCUCCACCAGCGGCGCCGUCUUCGUCAACGGGAAGGAGAUGACGAACCAGCUGCCGGCCGUCAGCGUGGGCUCGUCGGUGACCUUCGACAUGGAGGUGGUGAACCUGCUGCCCGCCCCCAGCGGCGGCGGCGGCGGCGGCGGCCGGCUGCAGCUGAGCGACGGCUGCAGCUUCAAGCUGCGCGUCACCAUCGGCUCGGGGAACCGCGAGGUGGUGUUCGACUGGCUGGUGGAGCAGGCGGUGGACUGCCUCUACUUCGGCUGCUCCUUCGCCCACUCCGGCUGGAAGGUCCUCGUCUUCUAGCCUCUUCAGCAUCCGUUCAACUCACAUUCGUCAGUAUUAAAGCCUCCUGCAGGAGGUUGCUGGUUUGAUUUCCGGACGUUUCCACAAAGACGAACUCUCAUCGCCGUGCUCCUCCAGCAGGGCGGCGAACACGAGCAUUUUUUACACUUUUUGAGCCAAAAGACAAGAAAACGGUCGAGACAGGAAGUGAAACAGGUUUGAUGGGCGGAGCUCCGGGAAACGUUUAAUAUAAAUUAGAAUGAGGGGCGGGGCCUUGGACAGGUUCGUCCAACGGACAAGCCUGAUGUUAAACAGUUCACUGACCUGGGCCUAGUGGGCGGGGCUUAGGACAGAGCCUGUUAAACCCAGCUUGAUGGGUGGAGCUUCAGAAAAAACCGCUCAGUGGGCGGAGUUUAGCAGAACAGCUUUUCAAAAAAAAAAUUCUGAAACUUUCACAGUCUUCACUGUUUAAACCUCAGUGUUUUUCUUUCUUUUCUUUUUUAACUCCUUGUUUGUGUCUGAAUUUAUUCCUUUUUUUUUCUAUUUUUGUUUAAAGUUGUCUUGAAUAACGUUCCCACACCCAGAUUUUAACCAUGGUUUUACGACUUUAUUUUUUGAAUCGCUAAAUGAUAAUUAAGCAGCUCGUAUAGUUGUGGGCGGGUCUGUGUGUCUGUGAGGACUUCCUGUUUUCCUCUUAAUGAUUAACACUUGAAUAUUAAAGCACAGCAAUGAGGAAUUUUGCUCCUUUUUUCUGCCUCAUUUUAACUGUUUUUUUUUUUUAAAUCCUGAUGAACUUUUUUGUUUAUUUUCCUGUUUUUGUUCUCAGUGAACUUCUGAUGGUUCAGAUGUGAGUCACAGGGUGAAUCUGCUCAAAGUGUUUUUGUCUCUUUUUUCGUUUUCUGAUUCAGGCUCAAACAAACUUUCCAAUGAAAAUGAAACUGGUUUAUAUUUAUGUUUAUAGUGGAUGCUUGGAGGACUUUUACGGCAUCAAGUAACUGUUAAAAACUCAUCUUUCAUCACCACAGCUGUUUGUAUCGUCACGUUUGUGUUGUUGUGUUUGAAUUGAGGUCGGUUUGGCUUCGCUUUGUGGUACAAAAAUGUCCUGAAACCAGCAAAUAAAAUGUCUUAAAAGCUUUUUUUCUGCUCUCAAACUGAAAAACGAGGACAGCAGUGCCCCUGCUGGUCAAACAUGAACAUUGUGUUUUGUGUUCACUGCUGGAAUCCGUUUUAUUCAAUAAAAAAAAAUGUUUUGUUGUGAC